AUGGAAUUCCUCAACCAAACCUAUGUCGCACUUCGAGGGCCAACGGGCCAGGUCCAAACACCAGCGGACACCAUCGGACGCCUCAGCGACCGACUUUCACCAGCAACACUACUAGCAGAUCGACGCGCAGCGGUUCUCUCUCUCAAGGGUCUUUCGCGCGAGUGGAAAGAGGAAGUAGGGGCUCGUGCUCUCACAGGCCUCAUCGAUGUCCUUGCAAGCGAUGCAGAGGUCGAUGCAGACAUUGGCAAAGCGGUAUUGGAGACGCUGAACCUCCUGUGCGAUACCGAGGACACCGGGAACAACGCCAAAGCUUUGGGAUUCAAACACACUGAUAUCGUCCUUGCCAACGAACGAGCUACUCAUGUGUUGUUUGGGCUGCUGAAGGAUAACAACUUUUACAACCGAUUCUCGUCGUUGCAGUUCCUGUCGACUUUGUUGCAGAAUCGGAGGCAGUUGGUGCAAGGGUACUUCUUGACAGCUCCUGUUGGUCCUGGAAGUAUUAUCGGUGUCCUCGAUGAUAAACGGGAGAUUGUUCGAAACGAAGCGAUUUCUGUCAUCCAAAGCCUACUUGCCCAAAGCUCUGAAAUCCAAAAGGUCCUCGCCUUCGAAGGAGCGUUUGAGAAGUUCUUCAAUAUCAUCACGCAGGAGGGGGGAAUCGAGGGUGGUGUCGUUGCUAACGGUGCCUUGGCAUGUGUGGAUGGGCUGCUGCGAUUUAACUCGUCCAACCAGAGCUACUUCAAGGAAACCCCUCUCUUCCCAGUCGUCAGCCACCUUCUACAAUAUCCCUUGUCUCUUAAGCUAUCAGAUCCAGCACCGCAGGAGUUUGCGCUCCAAUUCUGGGAUGACCAGAAACUGGCAAACGCCGCUCUCGUCGUCGGCAUUUUGGGAAUCUUCGUGAAUUCGAAGAGUACUGGACUCGAAGUGACCUCUUUCUCGCGAUGCUUUUUGGAAAUUGCAUUGGCGUCUAAUGCUCCGACACGAUUGAAGAUCCAGGCUCUCCAUCUCCUACCUCCGAGCAUCAACUUCGCGCUGUCGGAGGUCGUCAUCACCCCGUACAUGCCUGUUCCUGAAACAAACGGGGAAGAGUGGGACAGGCUAGAACCCGCGUCAAUUCUUGACGUUCUUGUUGAGUUGGCCCUACAUGGAGAAUACAAUGGCUUGGAUGGUGGGAAGCGCACCAAAGAGGGACUAGAGCUUCGCACUUCCGCCGCUUCUGUCUUUGAGAACUUUGUUCGUAAGGAAGAAGUUAGGCUAGCCAUCAUGCAGGGUAUGGCACCUCCGCCGGGACAACAAGCAACGAAACCUAUCACACCAUUGAUGCAUGCACUCACGCUAUCCUUGACCUCUCCGGCAGCGCUAGAGCCUGGAAACGUCACUGCUACUCAAAUGGCGAAUUUCCUAUUUGCGCACCUCCUGCGCUCUUCCCCGCAGGCCAAAUCCAUUGCGCGUUCGAUAAUGCCGCAACCAGCUCCGCCCCCAGGCACAUCUAAUUCUGCCUUUUUCGUGCCCGCUGAUGGGGGACCUCCGCCUCCCCCGCCUGAAGUUGAGGACGACGAGCCCCCGCAGAGUUUGCUUCAGACCUUGAGCGAGAACUUGUCCCUAGCUUUGUUGGCUCGCUCGAGACCAGAUACUUCGGACAAGGAGCUCCGCGAAUGGGAUCGACUGGUCGUUGCGUAUAUCUCCCUACUCUCCCAAUGGCUCUGGGAAGAGCCUGGGUCUGUACGAGAUUUCCUAGAAGCCGGUGGACUGAGUGUGCUGGUGGAAGGCAUUAACCAAGCCUCGGAAGUUGACGCCUUUGUGCCAGGCCUGUGCGCCUUCCUUUUGGGUAUUUGCUAUGAAUUCAAUCGUGAACCUGGAGAGAUCACAAGACAUACAAUCCACCCUAUCCUAGGCCGCCUUGGAGUCGACAGCUUGAUUGGACAACUAACGCGCUUCCGUGAAGAUGACCGAUUUAGGUCUGUAGGACCAGACCAUAUCGUGUUAUCGUCACCCCAUUCUGUGGGCACCGUGGCUGGACCAGGUGACGCCGUUCGGUCGGACGAAGCUGAAGUAUGGUUUGACUGGGCAUUUGUGGAUUUCUGGAAAUCAAACUACUAUUCCGUUCAGCGGGCAUUUUCCACCGAUCCAGACCAACUGUCAACUUCGUCUACUGGCCCCAGUGCAGAAUCCGCCAUGCUCAUCGCCUCCCUGCGAGACGUCAUCCGGAAGCAAUCAGAAGAAAUGGAAACUUUACGCAAACAGUUGCAGGACAUUUCAACGAGUUCCCAAAAGCAGAUUGCUGAUAUUCAAAAUCAACUUACGGAGGCUCAAGCACAAGCUCGGAAUUCGGAAGAGAAGCGGAAGGAGGUGGAGAAGGAGCAGGAAGAUCUGUUGGUGCUGUUGGAUGAAGUUACGAGUAAGAGAACGAGGGAUAAGGCCAGGCUACGUGAGGCUGGGAUGGAGGUUUCAUCGGAUGACGAUGAUGACGAUGACGAAGACGACGAGUAG